GUGGUUCUAAGGUCCGUAUAUGUAAUUAGUGUUGAAACACGGGCUUGUCACGUUUUCGUACUAAAGCCGUGGAUGAUGGCAUGAAUCGCCUUCAAAUCCUCGUUGAAGAGCGAGGUAUGGCUGCUGUCUCGGGGGCGGAGAAUCCGGGUGAUGAUGUAGAGGAGGAGGCGCUUGUCCGGUGGGGCCGAGUGAAUCGUCGGUGCGCCGCUGUGGCGGAUGAGGUUGGUGAUCCCAAGCUCUCAGAUGACCACCGCCUCGUUGUUGAGGAUCCAAUCAUCGCCGUCAUAUGUUGCGAUGUCGUCACCGCGGAUGGGCAGCUCUGCGACCCGAGCAAAGGUAGGCAAAUCAAUCUCUAUGUCGUAGAGAUUGAUGCUGCUGCGAAUGGUGUCCCCGUCACGGCGGAGAUUGGAGUAGAAAGCCCAGACGAAGGCGGGAUUGAAGCUCGAGCGGCUCUUGGAGACGAAUGGCCACAAACCCGACGCUUGGAGUUGGUUGUCGAGGUCGUGGUACCCUUUGUCUUGGGGAAACAACUCCGGGAGCACGCGAGGUGGAGAGAUCGGGCGCUUGGCAAAGCCGUGGUUAAGGCAAAAACCACAGGCUUUUGGCUAACCACCCACCCAGCGAUGGGAAGAACAUCCCAUCGAUGGGUAAGUAGCCCCUUAGCCAAACCAACUUCCAGAACCAUGCCAAACAGCGAUGGGAAGCUCUACCCAUUGCUGUUCAAGCCUUGGUCCAACAUUAUCACAAGGCAGAAUGCCCUUACUCAGCGAUGGGAAGCUUUACCCAUCGAUGGGAACCCAGCGAUGGGAAGGCUAAACCAUCGAUGGGAAGGCAUGACCAUUGGAAGUCAUUUAAGGAAAGGUAUUUUCCUUCGGGUUGAAGUCUUGGAGUGCGGUAUCUCCGAGCAAGUGUUGUUGGGGCUCGUGGGACUCGAGUUCUCAGGUUGUAACGGUUUGUUAAGCACCCAGGUGCCGAUGAAGAAAGUCGGAGACAAGUUGAUCCCCAAGACCGAAGACGAGUUUGAUGCCGAGGACAUCAAAAAGGUCGAGAAUUACGCAAAGGCAAUAAACAUGCUUUAUUGUGCCGUAAAUCCUGACGACUAUCGCAAGAUCUCCUGCUGCUCAACCGCCAAGGAGAUGUGGGAUAAACUUGAGGUGACGUACGAAGGAACGGACCAAGUACGUGAAGCCAAGAUUGACUUCCUCACCCAAGAAUAUGAGAUGUUUAGGAUGAAGGAGCACGUGAAGAUUGACGACAUGUUCGACCGAUUUUCCAAGAUAGUCAACGAUCUUCUUGCAUUGAAGAGGACUUACACCGACAGGGAUCUUGUACGAAAGAUCCUACGGAGCUUGACAUCCGAAUGGCGAUCUAAGGCCGAUGCCAUCUAUGAGUCAAUCGGCACAUCAAAUGUCACCAUCGACGGUUUAAGAGCCUUCAAAGAACCAACGAUGAAUGACUCAAGCGACGAUGAUGAAGUCAAGCUUGUCAUGAAGAGGUUUUGCAAAUUUCUAAGAAAGAAAGAAAAGGUUGAGGAUGGCCCUGUGUGCUAUGGAUGUGGUGAAGCCGGGAACAUCAAGAACAAAUGCCCGAGAAACGGAAGGAACACUCGACACUUCAAAAGGCAAAGGGCGUAUAUCUCUUGGGGUGGAGACUCCGGCGACGAGUCAACCGACCAAGAUCUCCUACUUCAACGGUUGGAGACAGAGUACCGUGUGCUUCUGGUUUGGCUGCUACAUGUUCUCCAUACAUGGUAAAGAAGGCUGAGAAUCACUUUUGAAGAAAUGCAAGAAGCACUUCACGAACUUUAUGAUGAAUUUGUUAGCGCUUCUAAACUGAACAAAUCGUUAAAGAAACGCCUUUCCACUCU